UGCCUCCGUUAUCCAGUAGCGCUGAUUGUUGGAGCUGCAGUGGACUCUGACCUCCCCAGCAGUCAUCAGUGUGUGUGCAGUCAGAACAGUUCAACCAGGCCUGUCACUAACCGCUAUGUAAGAUGACAGCGGGUCUUAUUCAACACCUCCAGAGGCUAAAGAAACUUGUAUGACAGACAGCAGAGGUGGAGCUAUUUUCUUCAGACUUAUUUCCUCGGACUGAUCCGGCUGCGCCAUGGCUCUGCUCAUCCACGUGUUGGCCUGUGCCUUCGGCCUCGGCUCCUGGGUGGCAGUGAACGGUCUGUGGGUGGAACUGCCACUCAUCGUCAACACCCUCCCUGAAGGAUGGGAACUCCCCUCCUAUCUGACUGUCAUCAUCCAGCUGGCCAACCUGGGGCCUCUGCUGGUCACCCUCAUGCACAAGCUGUGCCCGGGUCGCCUUAAAGAGCACAUUGUCAUUUACUCCAUCCUCUCCAUCGGGGUCCUGUCUUGCAUCCUGCUCGCCUUCUUCUGGGACAGGACUACGAUUGUGGCCGGGGCACCACAUAGCACAGCCUUCUUCAUCAUCACCUUCUUCCUCUCGCUGGUGGACUGCACUUCCUCAGUUACCUUCCUGCCUUUUAUGAUGCAACUUCCAGCGAAAUACAUCACCACAUAUUUCAUUGGGGAAGGGCUAAGUGGUUUCAUUCCGGGUGUUGUUGCUCUGGCACAAGGUGUAGGCAUGGCCAAAUGUGUCAACUCCUCUCAGACUGCAGGAAACCACACAGGUGACAACACGUGGCAACUGCAUACAGAAUAUCUUCCUCCAAACUUUUCCACCGAGGUGUUUUUUUUCUUCCUGGCAGCCAUGAUGUGCAUAAGUUUGGCUGCUUUUGUUGCACUGAACAAGCUUCCUCGGACCUACGAGCUGUCCACUGAAAACCUUGUGCCGGAUACCGUGGCGUCUGUCAGCUCCGGCCUGGACAACCCAGGAGCAGAGACUGAUAGAGGUGGUGAGAAGAACCAGGGUGAUGGGGCGGCCGAGAGAAGGCCACUGCUGGUAAAACAUACUGUGUACCAGCUGACCUUCAUCUACUUCCUGGUGGUUUGGGUUAACGCUGCAACAAACGGAGUGCUGCCCUCCGUGCAGACGUACUCCUGUAUGCCGUACGGGAAUCUGGCCUAUCACCUCUCUGCUGCUCUGGCAUCAGUGGCUAACCCAGUGGCCUGCACUAUUGCAAUGUUCUUCCAAAACAGGUCGCUGGCCUUUCUUGGAGCGCUGCUGGUGCUGGGGACAGGGUUUGGCAGCUACAACAUGGCGAUGGCAGCUAUGAGUCCGUGUCCUUUGCUUCAAGGGUCAGCGGCAGGAGAGGCGAUCAUUGUGCUCUCAUGGCUCCUCUUCACUGGAACGCUGUCUUACGUCAAAGUGAUGGUGGGAGUCAUCCUGCGAGACCGUAGCCACAGCGCUCUGGUCUGGUGUGGAGCUGCAGCACAGAUCGGCUCGCUAGUUGGAUCCGUCACCAUGUUUCCGUUGGUUAACAUACUCCGGCUGUUUAAGUCAGGAGACUUCUGCAACACUGAAUGUCCUUCAUGAGAUUGAGACUUACUGUCCUGAGGAGCUAUAGACUCUCAUUUAAAGGAAAAUAUUGACAUGUUGGAAUGUACGGUUAUUUGAUUUCUUGCUGAGAGUUAGGGGCAAAGAUUGACACCACUAAAGAUGUUAUAAGGAAGAGGCAAAUCAGUUAAAGAAUCCCGAGCAGAAAUCUGUGGUAGAAUUAUGGUGGUUAAAUGACAUGUCUUGCCCUCGCCUCAAAGGCCAAUCAUUUGCUUUGUAACAGCCGAACCAGGAAACACUGAGCCAGUCGUGUUGUUGCACUGACCCAAGCACGAUGUUGUGAAACUGUGUACAUGUGUAGAAGUAAACCUGUGUGGAAGAAC